GCAAAAGAGGUUAGGGAAACAUGGCGGACGAGGAGGACUCGUCGCCGGACCCUGCCGCUGGCACGGGUCGGCAUCACUCCGUCUCCUUCUCCGAGAGCGUCCAGCCGGCCGUUGGAAUGGUUAGCCAGCUUCUAACCCAGCCGUCGUCGCUGAAGUUCGACAAAAACAUCAAACAGGCCUUCUACAACACCGGGGCGAUGAUUUUUGUGGCUAUCUGCUGCGGGGCGGCGGUGCUGGUCUACUUCAUCCUGGAAGCCUUCCUCCGGCCGCUGCUCUGGGCCGUGCUGUGCGGUACCUUCCUCCACCCUUUCAAGCACUCCCUGGCCGGGCUUGGGCGAUCCUGGCUCAGCGGUCUACAGGACACGGGGACGCCCAUCGUGGUUGGGACUCUGCUGGUGCCGGUGUGGUGUGUCAACUACGUGGUGGACGCAACGGGCAGGCAGGUGGUGGAGAAGCUCACCCUGUUGCUGGUCAUCGGAGCCGGGGCGCCGCUGCUUUACCUCCUCUACCUGUCAUGGAGCUUUAUCGGGAUGCAGGUGUUACUGGGCUACCUCUGUGGCAUCAUCGCCGCCGUGCUGGACUGUUUCCACGCAGUGUGGGUGUGCACAGUGGUUGUGGGCUAUUUGUUGGCAGUGGGCUUUAAGUGGAGUCCUAGCACUGAAGGCUACUUGAGAACUGCUGCUCUGCCUGUGUGGACCACCCUGCUCUUCUACAUUGUGUCUCUGACGGGUUCGUGGAAGGUUCCACUGUUUGUGCUGGUGCUUGUGCUGCUCGUUGUGGGCUCCCAACAGAAACCACCCGUCCCUGGCAGAGGAGAGCUGUCAGGACAGGUGUUGUCAUUUGCUGCUAGCACGUUUUACAUGGCCGUUUCCAGUGGUAAACUUCAGCCAAAAUCGCAGUCCGGCAAAGUAUCUGCAACAGAUGGUGAAGAUUCAGUAGACCACAUCCCAACCACCCCCGGAUACCCUCAGACCUCUCGCCCAGUACCGACCGGCCUCUUCCAGAAAGAGAAGCCCUCCGAGAAGGCCAGCGACAUCUACUUCAUCCUGCUGGUCUGGGCCAUAGUCCUGGUCCAGGUAUGGCUCAACCUCUGGAUCCUCCAGCUCCUUCCCAUCCCCGUGGCCGUGUGGGUGAUGAAGAAGCUGGUGGUCCAUUUUGGACUGAAGAGCUUUGCGGCGCGGACGCUGUCCUCAUGGUGGGCGGUGCUGGAACGGUUCGGUCGGGAAAGAGAGGAGGCCCUGCUGCCGGGUCCUAUUAAAGGCGUGGCUCAGUUCUUACUGCGUAUCGACACGAAGCUGUGGCAUUGGCUUAACAAGCAGAUGGUGGUGUGGUUGGAGCGCUCCCUGGAUAAAAUCAUCAGCAUCUUCAUCAUCAUCAUCCUGGUGACGGGGACCCUCCUGGCGGCGCUGCUGCUCACCGCCAUGGUUCAUCACGAGAGCGUUCACAUCAUCGAGGUCACCAGUAAUCUCAUCAACGAGACCGUCUCCAACCAUCCGGAAUGGGCAAACUUGCUUCCAGAAGCUCGUGUGGUCCAGAAGGCCUUGAAUUCCGCCGCCACAAACGUCUAUCAGCACGGCCGAGAGUGGAUAACGCAAAAACUUCACAAGAUGCUAGGAGACAAGGCUAACCACACGGCGAUGAUUGAGAAGCAAGUGUUGGAACUUUGGGACAGACUCUACCACUCCUGGUUUGUCAAGAACGUGACCCACUCUGGUCGCCCUCGUAGUCAGAAGAUGAACAUCCACAGACAAAACAGCUGGUUGGGGGACAUCCUGGACUGGAAGGACGUUGCCUCUUUUCUGCAGGAGAACAUUGAGACACUCUGGUCUAUCUUGGAGUCUCUUUGGGUGGUGAUGAGCAGAAACCUUGGCCUCCUCAUCUCCACGACGACCACACUCCUCACUGUGUUGUUUCACAGCGGCACUGCUGUGCUCAAUUUCGCCCUCAGCCUGGUGAUCUUCUUGACCACCCUCUUCUACCUGCUGAGCUCCAGUGGAGAAUCCUACAAACCUGUCAAGUGGGUCAUCAGCCUGACCCCCCUAUCGCAGCCGGGACCCUCGUCCAACAUCAUCGGACAGUCCGUGGAGGAGGCCAUCAGAGGCGUGUUCGAUGCCUCUCUCAAGAUGGCGUGCUUCUACUUCCUGUACACGUGGCUCACACACACCAUCUUUGGCAUCAACGUUGUCUUCAUUCCUUCAGCUCUGGCCGCCAUCUUGGGGGCGGUGCCCUUUCUGGGGACGUACUGGGCGGCCGUGCCGGCCAUGUGUGACCUUUGGUUGGCUCAGGGCGAAGGCGUGAAGGCCGUGCUGCUCCUCGUCUGCCACCUGCUGCCCACCUACUUUGUUGACACCGCCAUCUACUCCGACAUCUCCGGGGGGGGUCACCCUUACCUGACAGGCUUGGCGGUGGCGGGCGGAGCCUACUACCUGGGCCUGGAGGGCGCCAUCAUGGGGCCCAUCCUCCUGUGCAUCCUGGUGGUGGCGGCCAACAUCUACAGCGCCAUGCUGAUGAGCCCCAGCUCUGCGGCGCCGACGCCGGUGCAGACCGGCUGGCCUCAGCAAGGAAUCAGGCCCUUCCCUGACUCCACCCCUUCUGUCCUGAAGAAGAGCAGCGACUGAGAACGACGCAGGUAGAACAUCAUCUGACCCCAAAAACACCCCUCCCUGGGCCCGGGCGUCCAGCAGCAAGAUGGCACCCGAGGAAGGCGGCGGCUGCGCGGCCGUUUACCCACAAUGCUCAGCUGCACGGACGCCCUGAGCAAUACGCUGCCUGCUGCUGUCAAUCAAGACGUGAUUUGACAACACUGCUUUUACACAUACGGUAUUUCCACACACACACACACACACACACACGCACACAACCUUCCAUGGGAAAUGAAUGGGAAUAAACUGGAAAUCUACUUUUUUCAUCGCAGAUUUUGAGGAUAAAGUCGUACAUUUAUGAGAAAAAAUAAAAUAAUGUUACCUUUGCCCAAGGCCCGCCUUAAGUCCCGCCUUUUUUCAUAGCUGUCUCUGCGCAUGCCUGUUACAACGGGAAAAAAAACAAUACUUGAGAACAAAGCUGGAAAUUAUGGACAAAUAAGUCGUAUAUUUACAAGAAAAAAAUAAGAAAAUUUCAACGUUUUCCUCGUGGAUUUAUUACUUUAUUUUUGUAGUAUUACCAUUUUUUAUUGUAAAUAUAAGACUUUUUUUUAAAUGAAAAUGAUAUAUUAUUAUACUUUUUUUUCCCAAAUCAUUAAUUUAUGACAAUUUUAUUCUAGUAAAUUUAUGACAUUCUUGUAAUAUUAAGGCGUUUUUUUUUUCCUCAAAUGUUUGAAAUUUUUCUCAUAAAUUCACGACUUUGUUGUGGUAAUAUCAUGACUUUUUCUCGUGAAUUUAAUACUUUAAAUUUCUGACUUUUUGUAAAUUGACGACAUAAUUAACGACUUUGUUCUUGUGAAUUUCUUGAGAAUUUGUGGCAAUAAUUACUUUUUUCUCGUAAAUUGAUGACUUUAUUGUGGUAAUGUUACUUUUUUUUCUCAUAAAUGUAAUACUUUAUUCUUGUAAAUUUUAUUUAAAAUUUUUAUUUAAAAAAAAAAUACAUUUCCAACUUCAAUUUACGACUUUAAAUGCACGGAUUAUAAUGUAAACGUAUGAUUUAUGACAAAUCGACGACUUUUCUGUUUGUACAUUUACAACUUCUUUCUUGAAAAAGUUCCGUCAUUCCUCGUAAAUGUAUGACUUUAUUCUCAUACUGUACUGUGUACAGUACUAUGUACUACACUGUGCUAACGUUACAACGCUAGUAAUUAUAGCACGAUAACAGCUAGCAUGAUUGGAACUCAGACUUUGGAUUUUGUCGAUUUCCAGUUUAAAUUCUCUUCAUUUUCACUUCCUCCCAUGGAAUGUUUCCAACUUCCUGGAAGUUUCCAACUCAUUAAAUGUGCUAAGUUUGCACAAUUUCCUUCGCCACCGCACUUUCAUUGUUUUUCUCUCCUAAAUCAAGAACCUAAGACCCCCCCCCAAAAAUUAAUAUAAGACAUUAAAUAUGAAUAUCACCUUUCAUUACAGUUUACAUUUUUUGAUCAUGUUAGUGUUAGCUUGGAUGCUAAUGCCAGCCAAAGACAAGACAUAUUUGACUAAAUGGAGCACUCUUGUACCAAAUGUUAAAAAGACUAAUGAAGUGUUUUGUUUACUUGUUUGACUCCACCAGCACUUUGUUCACAGCUCAAAGCUUUCAUGAAAAAGGUUCUGUUUGUCUGUCAGUAAUGAUUGUAGUACAAAGUACAAGAAAACGGAAGGGGUCGGUAGUGUUGUUUGGUUUGUGGUUUGGACAGACAACAUUAGUGUUUAGCAUCGGGUUUCUUGUUUUGCUAUGCUGCUGUUAUUUCUAAAUGGCUGCACUGAGAAUUAAACACCACCUUUUUAACACAUUUGUCUCAUU